GACGAGGACGAAGGGCCGCGACGGAAGCGACCUGCACAACGACGAGUGAACGAUCCAGAUGCUGCGGUCGAAUAUGGCUCCGACAGUUCUGGCAACGAAUGGACGAUGGGUGGCCUGGCCGAGGACGACGAAGAUAGCGACCUAGACUCCAACGAGGCGUUCGGUGACAGCGAUGAGGAGAAGUUCGAGGGCUUUACAUUUCGCGGGAGCAAGAAUCUAAAAGGCAAGAAGAGCAAAGGUGGAAAAACACCUAAGCGGAAAAAUUUCGAUUUGAACGAGAAGGAGCAAGACGACGAUGAUAGUGGAGAUAGCCAGGAUGAGGAGGGGCUGGGAUUUGGUGACGAUGCGAUCGACCUGGCUGCCAUGCUGGAUCAACCGAUGUCAGAAGACGAUGCCCCGGCAGAAGGCAGCGGUAGUGGUAGCGAGGACGAUGAAGAGUACGACUCGGAAUCAGAAUCAGAAUCAGAGGACGACGAUGAUGCGGACGACGAGGAGAAGGCGGCCCGCAUGCGAGACAGACUCGAGGCGUUAGAACCAAAGUCGCGGAGAGAUCAGGCAACGAUUUCCAGUUCUGGAGCGGACGUGGACAUGAACGACCUCUUCGCCGAGUUUGCAGAAGAUGUAGCUCCGGUGGCGGACAAGUCUAAAAAGGCCAAGAAGAGAGCACAGCAGGUAGUCAUAUCCGCGCCUUUGCCGAAGCGACAGCAGGAUCGCAUCGAGCGAGAGGUGGCUACGGCAAAGGCAAAGGAAACGCUUGAUCGAUGGAAGCAAACUGUGAUUCAGAACAGACGAGCCGAACACUUGACAUUUCCCCUACAACAUCCAGAUGAUACUGGUAUUACCGUGGGGAAAGAAAAGUUCACUCCAGCAACGCAAGGGGCGCCGGCAAACGAGCUUGAGGCAAGCAUUCAACGCAUUAUGGAGGAAUCUGGACUGGCGACUCAGCGGGACGCCGAGGGUGGCGAGGCGGAAGACGAAGAGGCUGCUUUGUUGAAAGCCGAAGGACUGGCUGAGAGGCACAUAGAUGUGGAAGAAGUGAUGCGGAGACGCGCUGAGCUGCGCAAGCAACGAGCACUAUUGUUUCGAGAGGAGAUCAAGGCGAAGCGGAUUGCGAAGAUUAAGAGCAAAAGUUAUCGCCGAGUGCAUCGCAGAGAGCGCGAGCGAGCCAAGGAGCAAGAAAACUUGGCUAUGGGCGGCCUCGACUAUGAUGCCAUGGACGAAGACGCUAAGGAGAAACAUGAUCGGCAAAGAGCCGAAGCCAGAAUGUCGACCCGGCACAAAGACUCGAAAUGGGCAAAGUCACUGAAGCAGACGAAUCGUACAGCCUGGGAUGACGGCGCUCGUGAUGGGGCUGUUGAGCAGGCGAGACGGAAUGAGGAGCUUAAGAAGAGAAUGGCCGGCAAAGAUGUCUCUGAUGAUGAGGGCAGUCUGUCUCCAGACAGCGAAGAUGACGAUGAAGAUAUCACGCACGAGAAGCUGAACCUGCUGCAAAGAGACGCACAGAACAUGAAAGGACUAGCUGGGUUGAAGUUCAUGCAACAGUCCGACGAGAAGAGAAGGAGAGCCAAUGAUGAGGAUGUUGAGCGAAUAAGGAGAGAGCUUGCCAUCGCAGAUGGAGAUGAAGUCGAGAGUGAAGAGGAAGAGGAAGGACUUGGUCGUGCCAUAUUUGGACCAGCAUCAAAAGCACAGAAUUACCAGGUGAGGCAGAAGCAGGAAUUCGAAGCCCCUGAAGAUUCUGAUGAAGAAGCCGAUGCUGAGGAUCGCGAAGCUGCCGAGGCUGGCAUUGUGGUUGACAGGCCGCAGACCAAGGCGACUGCAAAGCCAAAAAGCAUUUUGAAGAAUUCGACCGCAACCAGUGGUCCGCUUGCCAAGGCUGGCUUCAAACCAAAUGAGCCUACAGAUUCGGGGAAAGCGUAUGGCGGCUGGCUUUCCUCCGGUAGCAGCAAGGCGAAACGAGCGAAUGCUGCUGUCGAUGCCGAUACUAUCACGCCUUCCUCAGCUCUUCCAGCAAUCUCCAAGCCCACCAAAGCUGGCAUCGGCUACGAAGAGGCCAAGAACAGCACAUCUGCCGGAAACACUAAUGGCUGGACGACAGUAUCAUACAAGACCGGAGCCGACGAUGAAGAUGUCUCUGACGCCGAACCCACCAACGCGAUUCUCACGCCACAAGAGGAGAAAAUCUCCUUGCAAGAACGAGCGUUUGCGGGCGACGAUGUCGUAGCGGCUUUCGAAGCCGAAAAAGCCGAAAUGGUGGACGACGAGGAUGAAAAAGAAGUCUCCAACCACCUACCCGGCUGGGGAACCUGGACCGGUGAAGGUUUGAGCAAAUCUGUUCGAAAAUUCAACAAAAAGGCUGCACAUAAUCCAUUGUACAAAACCAAGGUCGCCGGCGUUCGAGCGAAUGAGAGAAAAGAUGCGGGAAUGGACCGGGUGAUUGUGAGUGAGAAGCAGGAUCGCAAGGGGAAGAAGUAUCUUGCGACGCAAUUGCCGCACGAGUUUGAGACCAAGGAGCAAUACGAGAGGAGCAGAAGGUUACCGAUGGGGCCGGAGUGGACUACAAAGGUCACUCAUCAGAAAAUGACAAGGCCGAGAGUUCUUGUCAAGAGAGGUGUCAACGUGGAAGCAUUGGGGAAGCCG